AUGGAUGAAAGAUAUCGCAAACGGGCCAUGCUGUCGAGAAAGACUGCCCCUGCCCCUGCGCCAAUCACGCAUUUCUCCAGGUAUCGAGCUGCGAAAGCCUCGGCUGUUCGGUCGAGGAGGAAUCUUCUCCGUGAUAGCUCCAGCUCUAGCAGUUCGAGACGCUUGGAGAAGAGAAGACCUGCGGGUCCACCAGAUGUAUCAAGCCCAUCCCGCCGUCCCUCCUCACCCACUGUAAUCCUCCGCGUCGGCCCCCAGCAACGCCUCUUCGCAGCCCACGAGUCCAUCCUCAGCGCAUCCCCCUUCUUCGCCGCGCAUUGUUCCACACAAACGCCCAGCCCACCUCCCCCUUCCCACCCACACGUCACAACCCCAAGCAAACGCAUCGACCUUCCAACCGAACACCCCGAAAUCCUCUCUUGCGUGCUCGAAUACCUCUACAAAGGCGACUACACCCCCCGCCUCCACCACGAUCCCACCCAAGGCUGGACCCUCGACGACGACAUCCCGCCUCCACCACAAACAUCAACCAUCAACCCUUCCACCGCAGGCGCCAGCGCAAGCAUAAACGCCAGCCUCUCCCCCUCCGCAGUAAUCUGGCACCAAGACGCCGACGCCCCGAUCCUGCGCGACACAGCCGUCUACUGCGCCGCACUAACAUACCGCCUCCCCUCGCUCGCGCGCCUGGCCCUCCGCAAGCAGGGCCUGCACGCGGGGAUACCGUGCCGGACGAUUCUGGCCAGUGCGCGGUUCGCGUAUGCGCAUACGCCAGAGACGGAGUCAAGAUUGCGGGCGCAUUAUUUGGCGCUUAUUAUUCGGUGUCGGGGCACUUUUAAGAGGAGUGGGACUAUGCAGGUGGAGAUGGAGAAGGGGGGACGAUUGUUUUUUGAUUUGUUUGUUGCGAUGUGUAAUCAUAUGGAUGAUGUUUUUCCGUCGGCCAUGUCGGUUUGUAGUUCCGCGCUGCCGGAGCUUGGGCAUGGUGGUAGGUAA